AUGCCAAUUCAUAUUAUCGGGACGAUAGUCACGGAUGGCCCGCAAGCGGUGCCCGGCUGGAGCAUCUUCAAGGCGUACGCGCCGGUGGCGCUCGCGCUCGCAGCGCUCAAGUACUACAUGGGUGGCACAACCAACACGUGGGAGCGCGACAUGCACGGUCGUGUAUUCAUAAUCACGGGCGCAACGAGCGGGUUGGGUGCGUAUGUGGCUUACGACCUUGCGGCGCGUGGUGCGCAGCUCGUGUUGCUUGUGCGCGCGCACGACGAGUGGACCGUGGACUACGUGAGCGACCUCCGUGACAAGACCGAUAACGAGCUCGUGUACGCGGAGGAAUGCGAUUUACUGUCGCUCUACGCAGUACGCAAGUUUGCGACCAAGUGGUUGGACAACUCGCCGCCACGCCGCCUCGACGGCGUGCUCUGUCUCGCGGGUGAGAUGGUCCCACCGCUGGCGCAGCGCCAGGUGUCCGUCGAUGGCUGUGAGCGCCAGAUGGCCGUCAACCACCUCGGCCACUUCCAUCUCUUAGACGUGUUAGCUCCCGCGUUGCGCGUGCAGCCCGCGGACCGUGACGUACGCGUGGUGCUCACGCUGUGCUCCGCGCAGGCGUUGGCGCCCAAAGUUGCGCGCGAUGAUCCGCUCUGUAUGCAGCGCCGCUACAACCCGCGUAAGCCGUGGCAGUUUUACGGUGCGUCCAAGUUGCUCACCGGCAUGUUUGCUUGCGAGUUCCAGCGUCGAUUGGAUGCGUACGAGCGCAAGGAUGGUGCGCUCAACAACACGCGUGUCAACAUCGUCAACCCCGGCAUUAUGCGCAGUGCUUCCACCCGACGCUUUGUCUCCUGUGGUUCUGUCCUCGGCUUGCUCCUCUACUUGAUGUUCUACCCUAUCUGGUUUUUGUUCUGGAAGAGCGGAAUGCAGGGCGCGCAAAGCGUUCUUUACGCGCUUAUGGCGCCUGAGUUCCGUGAUAUGCGCGGCGGGCAGUUCAUCCUGGAGUGUUCGAUCAUGAAGCCUAUGCGAAAGGAGCUUCAAGACGAAGAGUUGCAAAAAGAGGUGUACGAUAAAACGGUCGAGGUUAUCGUGGCGCUCGAAACCAAGUCGGCCAUUGAGCGGAACCGCAGUUUGCCCCUCAAGGAGAAGUUGAAGCGCGGCGCGGCGACAAAGGGCGCGAAGCUUGCGUUAGACAAGAAGUUGGAGGAGAUUCGCGAAAAGAUUAGCAUCCCGGUGCAAAAUGAUGUGUUAUACCCGGAGGAACCCGUGAUUGCCAAGAGGAAGGUGAAAGGCAAGAAGUAGAUAGCUAGAAGAGCUGAUAAGCCGUUGAAGUUUAUCAGAUUAUCAUAUAUACCUGAAUUUGCUAGAAAGAGAGUGAAGGCAUUUUGACCAUUGGCAGGCACCCUCAAAUAACGAGCGCUGUUAAAUAAUAACAUAAAUCGAGCUACGUCUAUAGUAAAGUUUACAUAUAAUAUAUUAAAUUGAAUGGUGG